AUGAACGCAUUUAUCCCAUUUAUCGUAUUCACAGCCAUAUCUUCAGCACAGUGGGCUCUUCCUCCGGGAACUCCCACUCUGCAGAUGCGAUACCCCUCGACCCCCUGGAUCUCCCCAGGCGAUACCAUCAAACAACCAGAUGCCCUCCCGAUACCAUGUAUCAGCACUCUGAACCUCAACGCCGCGCGGACCUACCUCCUCCUCUUCGUCGACAUCGACGUGGUCUUGGAAUCCUGCUCAACCACAGUCUUACAUUGGUACCAGCCGCACAUGACGGCAUCUGCUACCAGUCACUGCAAGGGCAAUGAAAAUGAAUGGCUAGUCAACAGGACUUCCACUGGAGCAGAAUACAUCGCCCCCCAAUCGCCGCCAUACACACGCCAUCGAUAUGUCUAUCUUCUCUACGAGCAGGACCCCGACUAUGUGUUUCCAGAAUGUUUUGGGCACAUUUUUCCCAAGACGAGAGAGGGACGAGGCGGGUUUGAUAUCAAACAGUUCGUCGAGGUUGCUGGAUUGAGAGCGCCAGUGGCAGGGAAUUUCUUCUACGUCGACAAUGAUGCGGCAACGACGACAACGGCGUCAGGAGGAUUGGUGCCCACCACAACGUGGUUCAGAUCGGCUCCAUGCAGGUCUGCGGAACCGAAGAGCACGGGCUUCAUUCCCAUGGAGGCAAAUUACGGGGUCGAUCAACAGCAGGUGGUCAUAUAA